GUUGAAUUGAACCACCAGGCUACACGUAUCUCCUACAUGUGAGGUAGGAGAAGGAAUGAUUUCAUGAUCUCCGCCAUCUCCAUGUGUUUGAAGGUUAAAGUGAAUGUAAUUGGGGGAAAUGGCCGCAGAUUCGAGGUGAAAAUCGAGGUUUGCGAGACAGAGAGGGCGCGUGAGAAUUGAAAUUCACAGAUCACAAUUGCCAUUUGCCACCUCCAAGCCCGCAUUUACCAUCGCCGAAACUCGCAGAAUCCAGAUCUUCUUCGUCAAAGUAACACACAGAGGCAUAUGCGCUCUACGACAAAGAAAAAUGAAGAAAGAGACGCUUGCUCCGUCGUCAUCGCAGUAGUGUUAGCUGUCUUCGACUCUCUCUCUCUCUCUCUCUACGUGUCGUGUCCUCUGGCAUUGCGUCUCUCCCGCUGUCCCACCGACAGAUCGUUUCUUAUCGCUGGUAUAAACUAAUUGCAAGUAUCAGAUUUGAAGUUCCUGCCGAUUGCCGAGAGGAAAUUGGGAAGGGGAGAAGAAAUGGAAGGCGAGAAGAAAUCUUCGGCUAUUUCGAAUGUCGGUGCGUGGGCGAUGAACGUGAUAAGUUCGGUCGGAAUCAUCAUGGCCAACAAGCAGCUGAUGUCCGUUAAUGGUUAUGCUUUCAGCUUUGCUACAACCUUAACUGGUUUCCACUUUGCUGUGACUGCACUGGUUGGCCUGGUGUCAAAUGCCACAGGUUACUCUGCAUCAAAGCAUGUUCCUCUUUGGGAGCUUGUCUGGUUUUCACUAGUUGCCAAUACCUCUAUCACUGGGAUGAAUCUUAGUCUUAUGCUGAACUCUGUUGGAUUUUACCAGAUCUCGAAACUGAGCAUGAUUCCUGUGGUUUGCUUAAUGGAGUGGAUGCUUCAUAAUAAACAGUACUCAAGGGAAGUUAAAAUGUCUGUUGUGGUUGUGGUCAUAGGUGUGGGGGUUUGCACUGUAACCGAUGUCAAAGUUAAUGCCAAAGGUUUUCUAUGUGCCUGCAUUGCAGUAUUAUGUACAUCAUUGCAACAAAUUUCUAUAGGUUCCUUACAGAAGAAAUACUCAAUUGGAUCAUUUGAAUUGCUGAGUAAAACAGCUCCAAUCCAGGCAUUGUCGCUUCUUCUGUUUGGUCCUUUUAUUGAUUACUAUCUCGUUGGAAAAUUUAUAGGAAACUAUAAACUGUCUUCUGGUGCCGUUGUGUUCCUUCUUCUUUCAUGCACCCUAGCAGUUUUUUGCAAUGUGAGCCAGUACCUCUGCAUUGGACGUUUCUCGGCAGUUUCCUUCCAGGUUUUGGGUCACAUGAAAACAGUUUGCGUCCUCACAUUAGGGUGGCUGCUAUUCGAUUCAGAGUUGGCUUUUAAGAAUAUUAUGGGUAUGAUUAUCGCAGUCGUUGGCAUGAUAAUCUAUAGUUGGGCCGUGGAGGUUGAAAAGCAAUCGAAUAACAAGAUUGCACACCACACGAAAAACAGCCUCACAGAAGACGAAACUGCCCCAUUGAAAGAGGGUAUUGAACACAUUCUGAAGGAUGUUGAACUGGGAUGCAGCAAAUGAUGCAAACCUAAUCCUAAAAAAUGCAGAAGCGGCAUCUGAGAAAGAACUCGACAAAUGGCUUUCGUUAACUGAGGACUUGGAGUUGAAGAAGAUGGAACUGGAUAUUGAAUCAGAUUUAAUAAAUGCAGC